GAGGAGCCCGGCCCACCUGCUGCUGCCUCUGCCGUGGAAGUGAUAGCGGGUCCUUUCCGCUUCCCGCCCCCUGCCCCUUGCAGACCUUGUACUGGCUCAGGGGCCUCAUCACCUCUGGAAACAGGGUCUUUGGAUCAUCCAAGGCACCACCCUAGAUCAGCCACCCAUGCCUGAAGCUUGAGAAGGAGUGGUGGGUGAGGAGCAGCAGCGGGGUGUGGGCUCCUCUGUGAGGGCAACUGAGGCAGCUGAGGAUCCCAGGCAGGGAGGCGCCCUCCCCCGUAGGGGUUCUACACUUCAGUGCAUCUUCUCCUGGGAGAGGAGGUGAUGGCUAAUUGAUAGUAGGAAGGGGAGGGCAGAGUCCUGGCCAGGUGAGAGUGGGACUAGGGAGCGAUGAGCAAUUACUCCGCAUUCUUCCACCCCCGCAGUCCGAUCCCUGAGCUCAUUCCACCAUCCAUGAGCUCAUUUUCCCAGCUGUUUGGGGGUUGGGGGCAAAGGAUGCAUUAUCCUGUUUUAGAAUUUGUUGAGUCAAAGGAAGAACUAGGAGUAACAUCUUCAGUGUUUUCAGAAUAACCAUAAGAAACAGAAUUGGUCUGUGGCUUGGAGGCAAAAACUUGAAGACUCAAUGAAAUUAAAUGAAUCUGUAAGAUAAUACCUUAGACCAUUGAGCUUCAAACAAAGGUUCUUAACCUGGAACCCUUGGAUCUAGGGGUCCAUUGACAGGCUUUGGGAGAAUCCUUGGAAUCACUCGUCCAUAUGUACACCAGAUUCUUAAACAGGGCAGGAAAGCUUGCCCGAAAUCCUCCUGUUCAAGUGCCUUUUUAGAUUGGAGCAUCUCCUACCAGAAAGGACUGCUCCAGAGUCAGCUGCUGGUUGUGAGGCUCUGACUUGAGAUUAGAGCUCUUCCUCAUACUCCACGGUGCUUCCCCAUCCUCUUUGCCCUUGAGGCUGGGUUUGCAUUCGAAGCUCUAGGCCCCUGGGGGAAGUGCCUUUGAAAGGCAUGUAGAAAAUGGGGUUUUUCCCCCAUCUGAAUCUAGUAUGGUGGAAAUGGGUGUGGAGCCUUGAAGUCAGAGGGCCGUGUCUCCUAGAUUCAGUAAGAGGUUAAUGGUUCUCCGCUAAGUAUCAAGGAUUUCAUUCUCCUUUGUAGGGAUCCUGGAGCGGGUUGUGAAAAGGAAUGGGCGCGUGGAUCGUAGCCUGAAAGACGAGUGUGAUGCGGUGAAAGGAUGGAGGCUGUGCAAUGGGAGAAUAACUGGGGCUGAGAAGAAAGCCAAGGUUAUUGCAGUAAUGAAUGCUGUGGAAGAAAACCAGGGUUCCGGGGAGUCUCAGAAGGUGGAGGAGGCCAGCCCUCCUGCUGUGCAGCAGCCCACUGACCCCGCAUCCCCCACUGUGGCCACCACGCCAGAGCCCGUGGGAGCCGAUGCUGGGGACAAGAAUGCCACCAAAGCAGGCGAUGAUGAGCCGGAGUACGAGGACGGCCGGGGCUUUGGCAUUGGGGAGCUGGUGUGGGGGAAACUGCGGGGCUUCUCCUGGUGGCCAGGCCGCAUUGUGUCUUGGUGGAUGACGGGCCGGAGCCGAGCAGCUGAAGGCACCCGCUGGGUCAUGUGGUUCGGAGACGGCAAGUUCUCAGUGGUGUGUGUUGAGAAGCUGAUGCCGCUGAGCUCGUUUUGCAGUGCGUUCCACCAGGCCACGUACAACAAGCAGCCCAUGUAUCGCAAAGCAAUCUAUGAGGUCCUGCAGGUGGCCAGCAGCCGUGCGGGGAAGCUGUUCCCAGUGUGCCACGACAGCGACGAGAGUGACACUGCCAAGGCCGUGGAGGUGCAGAACAAGCAGAUGAUUGAAUGGGCCCUGGGGGGCUUCCAGCCCUCUGGUCCCAAGGGCCUGGAGCCACCAGAAGAGGAGAAGAAUCCCUACAAAGAAGUGUACACGGACAUGUGGGUGGAACCUGAGGCAGCUGCCUACGCACCACCUCCACCAGCCAAAAAGCCCCGGAAGAGCACAACGGAGAAGCCCAAGGUCAAGGAGAUCAUCGAUGAGCGCACAAGAGAGCGGCUGGUGUACGAGGUGCGGCAGAAGUGCCGGAACAUUGAGGACAUCUGCAUCUCCUGUGGGAGUCUCAACGUUACCCUGGAACACCCCCUCUUCAUUGGAGGAAUGUGCCAAAACUGCAAGAACUGCUUUCUAGAGUGUGCAUACCAGUAUGACGACGACGGCUAUCAGUCCUACUGCACCAUCUGCUGCGGGGGCCGAGAGGUGCUCAUGUGUGGGAACAACAAUUGCUGCAGGUGCUUUUGUGUGGAAUGUGUGGACCUCUUGGUGGGGCCGGGGGCUGCCCAGGCAGCCAUUAAGGAAGACCCCUGGAACUGCUACAUGUGUGGGCACAAGGGCACCUACGGGCUGCUGCGGCGGCGAGACGACUGGCCCUCCCGGCUCCAGAUGUUCUUCGCUAAUAACCACGACCAGGAAUUUGACCCUCCAAAGGUUUACCCACCUGUCCCAGCUGAGAAGAGGAAGCCCAUCCGGGUGCUGUCUCUCUUUGACGGAAUUGCUACAGGGCUCCUGGUGCUGAAGGACUUGGGCAUUCAGGUGGACCGCUACAUUGCCUCGGAGGUGUGUGAGGACUCCAUCACGGUGGGCAUGGUGCGGCACCAGGGGAAGAUCAUGUACGUCGGGGACGUCCGCAGCGUCACACAGAAGCAUAUCCAGGAGUGGGGCCCAUUCGAUCUUGUGAUUGGGGGCAGUCCCUGCAAUGACCUCUCCAUUGUCAACCCUGCUCGCAAGGGCCUCUACGAGGGCACUGGCCGGCUCUUCUUUGAGUUCUACCGCCUCCUGCAUGAUGCGCGGCCCAAGGAGGGAGAUGACCGCCCCUUCUUCUGGCUCUUUGAGAAUGUGGUGGCCAUGGGCGUUAGUGACAAGAGGGACAUCUCGCGAUUUCUCGAGUCCAACCCUGUGAUGAUUGAUGCCAAAGAAGUGUCAGCUGCACACAGGGCCCGCUACUUCUGGGGUAACCUUCCCGGUAUGAACAGGCCGUUGGCAUCCACUGUGAAUGAUAAGCUGGAGCUGCAGGAGUGUCUGGAGCAUGGAAGGAUAGCCAAGUUCAGCAAAGUGAGGACCAUUACUACGAGGUCAAACUCCAUAAAGCAAGGCAAAGACCAGCAUUUCCCCGUCUUCAUGAAUGAGAAAGAGGACAUCCUAUGGUGCACUGAAAUGGAAAGGGUAUUUGGUUUCCCUGUCCACUAUACUGACGUCUCCAACAUGAGCCGCUUGGCAAGGCAGAGACUGCUGGGCCGGUCGUGGAGCGUGCCAGUCAUCCGCCACCUCUUCGCUCCGCUGAAGGAGUAUUUUGCGUGUGUGUAAGGGACAUGGGGGCAAACUGAGGUAGCGACAUAAAGCUAAACAAACAAAAAAAACACAAAACAUAAUAAAACACCAAGAACGUGAGGAUGGAGAGAAGUAUCAGCACCCAGAAGAGAAAAAGGAAUUUAAAACAAAAACCACAGAGGCGGAAAUACCGGAGGGCUUUGCCUUGCGAAAAGGGUUGGACAUCAUCUCCUGAUUUUUCAAUGUUAUUCUUCAGUCCUAUUUAAAAACAAAACCAAGCUCCCUCCCCUUCCUCCCCCUCCCGCUCCUUUUUUUUUUUUUCCGGUCAGACCUUUUGUUUUCUACUCUUUUCAGAGGGGUUUUCUGUUUGUUUGGGUUUUGUUUCUUGCUGUGACUGAAACAAGGUUAUUUCAGCAAAAACCAGUAACAAAAAAUAGUAACAAUACCUUGCAGAGGAAAGGUGGGAGAGAGGAAAAAAGGAAAUUCUAUAGAAAUCUAUAUAUUGGGUUUUUUUUUUGUUUUUUUUUUUUGUUUGUUUGUUUGUUUUUUUACUAUAUAUCUUUUUUUGUCUCUAGCCUGAUCAGAUAGGAGCACAAGCAGGGGACGGACAGAGAGAGACACUCAGGCGGCCGCAUUCCCUCCCAGCCACUGAGCUGUCGUGCCCGCACCAUUCCUGGUCACGCAAAACAGAACCCAGUUAGCAGCAGGGAGACGAGAACACCACACAAGACACUUUUCUACAGUAUUUCAGGUGCCUACCACACAGGAAACCUUGAAGAAAAUCAGUUUCUAGAAGCCGCUGUUACCUCUUGUUUACAGUUUAUAUAUAUAUGAUAGAUAUGAGAUAUAUAUAUAAAAGGUACUGUUAACUACUGUACAACCCGACUUCACAAUGGUGCUUUCAAACAGCGAGAUGAGUAAAAACAUCAGCUUCCACGUGGCCUUCUGCGCAAAGGGUUUCACCAAGGAUGGAGGAAGGGAGACAGCUUGCAGAUGGCGCAUUCUCACGGUGGGCUCUUCCCCUUGGUUUGCCACAGAGUGAAGGAGGAGAACCUGGGAGCCGUGUUCUCCCGUUUCUCCCUGCCAAAAAGGGGGUUAGAUGAGGUGGUCGGGACCGUGGACAGCUGAGAGUGGGAUUCAUCCAGACUCAUGCAAUAACCUUUUGAUUUUUUUCUAAAAGGAGACUCCCUCGGCAACCUGGCAGGGUACGGAGUCUUCAGGCCCAAUUUCUCACUUUAGCCGAUUUGAGGGCUCCUUGUGGUGGGAUCAGAACUAAUCCAGAGUGUGGGAAAGUGACAGUCAAAACCCCACCUGGAGCAAAUAAAAAAACAUACAAAACGUA